UUGAGCCCAGAACCGGACCAAAUGCCCAAAAUCAUGAGCACAAAGAUGUCUCGCGAGGAGAGGGGUAGGGAAACGCCUUCUCUGGUCACAGAUGUUCGCGCAUCUCGUUUCAGACCAGACGAAGAUCUGUCCAAAAGACUGGUGCAGAACCCGUCACGAAGGGCUGCUGUGGUUGAGCCACACGUUCAACACAUACAGCCAGCCGUCAAAAGUGACGCCACGCCGGCCGCCCACGUGUCGGCCCCGUCCAGCACCGGCACCUCUCCUGCCACUGAGAUUGUCACCAGAAUUAUCCGCACCUCAGAAUUGGACGAAAGCAAAAAGUUUCGCAAAAAUAAGACAGUUUUCGAACAGGAAUUACAGUCGGGAAGGGAUGGCAACGGCCCGGGAUGUCACAUAUCAUCGAGUAUUGCAUUUGACAAUCCAAGCCCUCAGAGUCGCGGUGUUAUCAUCAAAGAGCUCAACGAUGACGGGACCUCUAAGGAUGGGUCGACCGAUACGUUAGACACGAAGUCGGGAGAGAUAAUGACUGAAACCAAUUUCCAACGAUUCAAAUCACCAAAACAUGGCCACAACGGUCCCGAAGAGACCUCUUGGAAGUACUCAAUGGAAUGCAAUUGUCUGAAUGGCACCAACACUACCGUCCGCACAACCAUCGACUACAAGAGGAUUACAUAUCCUUUGACAUCAUAUGAGACCAGUUUAUGAUUAUUGCUUUACUUGAU